AUGUCAUUAUUAAAUAUUUUGUCAAUACUAUUGAUAUCGUCCUUGUACUAUAAUGUUCAUCUAGUAGACGCGCGACGUGUUAAACAUGGUGUACGUGAAAUCGGUGCUAAACAAUAUCAAUGUUUUUCAACACUAUCAGAUGAUUCUGAAGAUUUUCGUGUGAAUUUACUUCGACCUUUAUUAAUUGAACGAGUAUCAGGUACACAAGGCAAUGUAAAAGCUAGACAAUUUAUUAUAUCAAAAUUACGAUCGCUUGAUAUGUGGCAUAUUGAACUUGAUACAUUCGAUGAAAUGACACCCGAUGGUAAUGUUGAAUUUACAAAUAUAGUAGCCACACUUGAUCCAACAGCAACUCGUCGUCUUGUUCUUGCCUGUCAUUAUGAUUCAAAAAAAAUUCGAAAUUUUAUUGGUGCUAUAGAUAGUGCCGUACCAUGUGCUAUGUUACUUGAUUUAGCAAUUAAUCUUCAAAACAAAUUGAACGAUUUAAAAAAAAAUAAAGGAAAUCCAACGUUACAAUUGAUUUUUUUCGAUGGUGAAGAAGCUGUUAGAGACUGGACAUCAAGUGAUUCACUUUAUGGGUCAAGACAUUUAGCAACUAAAAUGCGUAAUACAAAUGUUCAAGGACAAACUAAUUUAAAUCAAAUUGAUGCAAUGGAUAUGUUUGUUUUACUCGAUUUAGUUGGACAUCAAAGUGUACAAUUUGGGAAUUUUUAUGAUAGAACUACUGGAAAAUAUUAUAAUAGAUUACGAAAUAUUGAAACUCAACUUCUUCGUUCUUAUACUAAUAAUAAUGCACAUAAACGAACAGUAUUUUCAUCCAUGGUAUAUCCAGGUCAAAUCGAGGAUGAUCACAUACCAUUUUUAAACCUAGAUGUUCCAAUUCUUCAUUUAAUUUCUGUACCAUUUCCACCAACAUGGCAUACAACUAACGAUAAUGAAGCAAAUCUCGACUUUCCAUCAAUUACGCAUAUUCGAAAUACAAUGAAAAUAUUUGUUAUUGAGUAUCUUCAUUUAGAUCCACAAAUGUGUUAA